AUGAUUGUAAUAGCAUACAAAAUGGUGUAUCCAAUAGCAAUGAACCAAGCUCAACAACGACAACAAAUGAUCAAGUUGAAAAUUCCACAAUUAUAUCAAUGUACACAAUUGAAAAAUAAAUGUUUAGAAGCUAAACUAUUUACUGGAAAUCAAGAAGAACCAAACAUUCAUCCAAGCUAUAAAUUUAUCUGUGAACAACAACAAGUUGAUUCAAUAUUUAUUGAUGUUGGUCAAUAUGAUAUUACGUAA